AUGCUCUUCUACAGCUAUUUUAAGACGCUGGUCGGGAAGGAGAUCACGGUAGACCUGAAGAAUGAUCUUUCCAUCACGGGCACCCUCCACUCAGUGGACCAGUAUCUGAACAUCAAGCUGAACAACAUCAAGCUGGCCAACCCUGCCAAAUACCCUCACAUGCUGUCUGUGCGCAACUGCUUCAUACGAGGCUCUGUUGUUCGAUAUGUACAGCUCCCCCCUGGGAGUGUGGAUGUCGAGCUGCUGCAUGAUGCGACCAGGAGAGAGGCUCGUGGCGGAUGA